AUGUCUUUUCUGUUGCAGGCAUCGCUCAACAAGCUGAUGGAGACCCUUGGCCAAGCGGAACCUUAUUUUGUCAAGUGCAUUCGAUCCAAUGCCGAAAAGCUGCCCCUGCGGUUCAACGACAGCCUGGUGCUCAGGCAGCUGCGGUACACGGGGAUGCUGGAAACUGUUCGCAUUCGCCAGUCAGGAUACAGCUGCAAAUACUCCUUCCAGGAUUUUGUCAACCAUUUCCAUGUCCUUCUGCCACAAGGAAUCAGCCCGUCUAAGCACAAUAUCCAUGAUUUCUUCCGGAAAAUAAAACUCGAUCCAGACAAUUACCAAGUUGGAAGAACAAUGGUUUUCGUGAAGGAGCGGGAGCGGCAGCUUCUGCAGGACCUGCUCCAUCAGGAGGUGCUGCGCCGGAUCACGCUGCUGCAGCGCUGGUUCCGCAGCAUGCUCUGCAGGAGGCAGUUCCUGAGCUUAAGGCAAGCUGCAGUGAUCAUACAGAGAUUUUGGCGUCGUUACCAGAGCCGAAAGCAAGGCGAACCAUCCCUGGACCCUUUCGUCCUCGGCAAAGCCGCCGUUGUUCUCCAGACCCACUGGCGUGGCUUUGUGGAGCGGCGGAGGUUCCUGCAGAUGCAGUUUGCAGCCCACCUCAUCCAGAGCUGCUGGCGGGAGUACACCAAGCGGCGGCACGACGCAGCCACCAGCAUCCAGGCAGCCUGGCGAGGGCACCGUGCAAAGCAGUCCUACAUGGCCAGCAGAAACAAAGUCAUCUGCUUGCAAGCGGUGUGCAGAGGAUAUUUAGCACGACAAAGGUUUAGAGCUUUGAAAGAGCAGCGAUUAAAAGAGAUGCAGCUGGAGAACGGCCUGUCAGUUAGAGAAGAGGAUGGACUGGAGGCAGAUGAUGCUUUGGAAAUUAAGGGCUCCGACCCAUCUAAGUGGGAGGACAGCUCAUUUGAAAAGCGAGUGAGAGCUAUAGGGGAACAUAUAUCGCUGAUGGAGAAUAAUCGGGUGAAUCACGUGGACCCACUGGAUACUUCUGCGAAUUUAUUGUACAAAAGGCACGAGAGAGCCAGCAGUCAGAGCGGGAUGGACACCGAAGAGGAGGUCGUUGUUAGAGAGAGACCCAAGUCGCUGGAGGAUCUCAACCAGAAAAAAGUGGUUCGUGCAAAAAGAGAAAACCGGAGGAUGCGUGAACUGGAACAGGCAAAAUUUAGCUUGGAGCUGCUUAAGGUUCGGUCCACCGGCGGGCUGUCACCUUCAGAAGAGCGGCGGUGGUCCACCGAGUUUGUAUCUGAGGCACUUCAUUCCCCUCAGGGAACCCCGGAGAGCGAAAGCUCUCAAGGGAGCUUUGAGAUGUUAAGCUGUGAAGAUACCCCAAGUAAUAAAUGCGUUUCCUUAGUUUUAGACGAGCAAGAUGCGCAGUCAUUUUCCACUGACUCUUUGCCUAGCAGCCCCCAGGCUCAUCUGCAGGAGAAGUCUUUCUGUGCGGCAGAUGUGAACAGCAACCUACCCGGUUGCAGAAGGAUGCCUUCAGACUUGGAGCUACCUGAUAACCUCACCGCAAAGGAGCGUGUGGUCUGCGACCCCCAGAAUGUUAUAUACAAGGCUCACCUGAGAGAAACCUUCCUUUCCAGCAACCUACCUACUUUCUAUGUUCCACCACAAGACAACGUGAACGUGAAGCUGGUGGAGAAUAACCUGAGGAACAAAGCAAUGGAAAGAGAGGAGAGGACAGUUACAUUCUCUGAGGUCAGGAAGGACUCUGAGCCAGAGCAGGACAGAGCUUUGGGAGGGGAGAAAGAGAAGUCCUCUACCAAGAGAGAGGAACGUGGGACAGCAACUGCGACACAGGCCCAUUCUCCAGACUCUGUCAUCAAGAGACUUGAAAAGCUCAACGUGGAGAAGGAGGAACGGCAAAAGCAGCUUCAGCUGCAAAAUGAGAGGGAGAUGAUGGAGCAGAUCCGUCAGCAGAAGGAAAUUCUGGAGAGACAGCGCAAAGCCUUCGAGCAGCAAGGGAGGGUGGAGGCUUUGCAGAGGGCUGAACAGAGCAGAAUGAAGGACCCCUCCCUCAAACCAACCAAAAAACCAGACAGCCGUCCUCAAUCAGUCCUCAUCCUGCACCCCCAGAGCAGAGGGGAGCACGGCCCCACCACAGGUGUGACUCCAACCUCAUCGGUGGACAUCAAAGGUCUCACCGUUGGGACCAGGGGAAGCUCUCCAGCCCACAGUGCCCCCAAAGACAGACCUGUCAGCAUGUUCGUGGAACGAAGAGAAGGUCAGUCGGGACCAGCGCUGGAACCCCGGUGCCAUUCCAGACCGGCUCUGGACCCCAGGGACCUCCCAGGCAGCCACUUCUCGAGGACGGAGCGCCUCCGGCAGCCCCGAGUGCCCAACCAAGCCACCGAGGAGACGAGGGCAAGCGCUAUGUUCUUCACGCCGAAAGACAAUCCCUUCGGCCUCCACAGGGAAGCAAGUCAUCAAUGCCAUUCCAAGGGUGAGCUAGCUAGGAAGCCAUUUAAGAUGCCAGGGUCUGGCAGAGGAGAGGUUCCCAGACCGACCCAUAAAAAGAAAGCCCGCAUGGCGCGGACGCGCUCCGAUUUCUUGACUAGAGGUACUUUUGCUGAUGGGGAGGGGGAUACGGAGGAAGAUGAUUACGAUGCCAAUUUUGAGUUCCUUCUCUCCUCUGACCAACCUCCUCAUCCCGAGGCGGUGCCUGCAGCCCGGCUGGGGCAGGCCUGUUACAGUGACUCCGAAAUGACGGUGCAGCGAUUUGCCUCUGGGGAAGGCCAAACGAAACUGCACAAAACCAUGUCUCAGGGGGAGAUCGGGAAGCUGGCGGCCGCACAGAAGAGCCUGGCUCCAGAUGGGAGGCCUCAGCGAGCCAAGAUGAGGUUCUGGGUGAAGGGAAAGCAGGGGGAGAAGAAGACCCCCCGAGAGAAGCUUGCUACCCAGUCUGAGCUGCUGGAGCUGUACGCAGAGCAAGAAGCCCCCGGCAGGGAGGUGAUGCCUGGCUUGCAGCUUGGCGAAGAGUUGGGUCCUCACCACCUGACCCCUCCUCGGAGUCCCGAGCUGUCUGGUAUCUACCGUCGGGAGUUUAAGGAGAACAAGGAGCCCUCUCCCAAAGUGAAACGCAAGCGCAGCGUCAAGAUCAGCAACGUGGCUCUGGAGCCGGUGCAGUGGCAGAAUGACUCGCUGCAGAUCAUAACCAGCGCUAGCGACUUGAAGAGCAUGGAUGAGUUUCUCCUGAAAAAGAUGAAUGAACUGGAUAACGAGGACAGCAAGAAGGACACGCUGGUGGAUGUUGUGUUCAAGAAAGCGCUGAAGGAAUUCCGACAAAACAUCUUCAGUUUUUACUCCUCAGCGUUGGCAAUGGAUGAUGGGAAAAGUAUCCGCUAUAAGGACCUGUACGCCUUAUUCGAGCAGAUUCUGGAGAAGACCAUGAGGCUUGAGCAGAGGGACUGGAGUGAGUCUCCAGUUAAAGUCUGGGUCAAUACCUUCAAAGUCUUCCUGGAUGAAUAUAUGAUAGAGUACAAACCCCUGGACUACACCGCAGUGAAGGUGCCAAAAACAGAACGAAAAAAGAGAAGGAAAAAGGAAGCGGAUGUGGUGGAAGAGCACAAUGGUCACAUUUUUAAGGCGACCCAGUACAGCAUCCCCACCUACUGUGAAUAUUGUUCCUCCUUGAUCUGGAUAAUGGACAGGGCUUCUGUUUGUAAAUUAUGUAAAUAUGCUUGUCACAAGAAGUGCUGUCUUAAAACCACGACCAAGUGCUCCAAAAAG